AGUGGGCGGGGCCGCGGAGGAAACAGACAAACUAAACAGAGUCGUGCUGGCUGACUGUAUACACACACGCACACAUUACGAAGAGCGCCGAACGACACAAACAAACACUUUAUUUAUGAUUCUCAGAAGUGUCACUGCCUGCCUUUCCUCUACAUGGCUUUUGUUUUGUUUGGUGUUUCGAGCUGGACGAUGGCAGUUUGUUAGGAGCUGCGGUUGAAGAGAAAAUCUGUCAUUUUUCGUGACGGGUCGGAGGCACUGCGAUGCCCUCUGAUUUCACAUCGCUUUUUAGCGCGGAUAUCGACCUCGAUUCGCCCAAGUCACUCUACUCCAAAGAGUCAGUAUAUGAUCUUCUCCCGAAAGAGCUGCAGCUGCCGUCGUCUGGAGUGCAGAGCGCAGCCGCUAUGAGUCAGAAAAGCGGAGGAGAGGCUGGACCGCCGCCGCCAGCAGCUCUCGCCGCAGAUGCCUCGUCCGCCUCUUCUGCUAUGAGCUCUGGAAGUCCUCGCAGUGCUUUUCCCACCUCAGCGUCAGAUCGAAGCACCGUACACGACAGCGGCUCAUCAGGAGAUGUCAGCAGUCGAAGGAAAUCGGAGGCUGUGGAAAACAAACCCUCUGGUCGAGAUAAAGGUGUCCAGCAGACCCAGAUGACCCCCUCCAAACGGCCUGUCCUCAACAUCUCGCCUCCACCCGAAGACCUGUUCGAUGACAGCCACAUGUCCUGCCAGGAUGAUCUGCUUCUCGACUCGGAGCAAAGCAGCAGCAUCUGGAUUGAAAACUCAGUGUCUAACUUCAGCAUUGUGAGCUCUAGUUCCUACAACGACAACACUGAAGUGCCCCGCAAGGCCCGCAAAUGUACCCCGCGACAGAAGCCUGGGCCGAAGCCGGUUUCUGCGGAAGAGGCCAGCAUGGAUGUCUUUGAUGCAGACAGUGCCAAAGGCCCGCACUUUGUGCUCUCACAACUCGGCCCAGACAGCAAGACCUGUUCCAAAGCAAGCUCUGAUGGACCACAAGUGUCUGCUCUCAAAGGUGGGGUACUGUCUUGUCAGUAUCCUCAGAAAGGUGAAGGGAAAGAACUGAAGAUCGUGGUGCAGCCUGAGACCCAGCACAGAGCGCGUUACCUGACUGAAGGCAGCCGAGGGUCAGUCAAAGACCAAACACAGCAGGGCUUCCCUACUAUCAAGCUUGAGGGUGUGAAGGAGUCAGUGGUCAUGCAGAUCUUUGUGGGCAAUGAUGCCGGACGUGUGAAGCCUCACGGGUUCUACCAGGCUUGCAGAGUCACCGGCCGAAACACAACCGCCUGCAGGGAAGUGGACAUCGAAGGCACCACAGUCAUCGAAGUGCCAAUGGAUCCCAGCAGCAACAUGACUUUACCGUGUCUCUGCAGUGUGGACUGUGUGGGGAUCCUGAAGCUCAGGAAUGCCGAUGUGGAGGCCCGUAUCGGGGUGGCCGGGUCUAAGAAGAAGAGCACCCGUGCCAGACUGGUGUUUCGAGUCAACAUCCCACGCCCCGAUGGCUCUGCGCUCACGUUACAGACCUCGUCGUCUCCCAUACUGUGCACCCAGCCUGCAGGAGCACCUGAGAUUCUCAAGAAGAGUUUACACAGCUGUUCGGUUAAAGGGGGGAAUGAAGUCUUUAUCAUUGGAAAAAACUUUCUGAAAGGAACCAAGGUCAUAUUUCAGGAGAACGCUUCAGCAGAUGAUAAGUCCUGGAAGGCAGAGGCUGACAUUGACAUGGAGUUUUUCCAUCAGAAUCAUCUUAUUGUCAAAGUCCCACCAUAUCAAAAUCCAGCUAUCACAUCUCCUAUAUCUGUUGGUAUCUAUGUUGUCACGAAUGCUGGGCGUUCACAUGAUGUUCAACAAUUUACAUACACUCCAGAGCCAGUGGUUGAUUCUUCUGUAAAAAAGGAGGACUUGCCUCCAGUGACACCUUGUUGUUUUGAACAAAUUAAAGUAAUUGAUACUGCCGUGAUGACACCAGGCUUACCUCUUGUGAAACGUGAAGAGGCCACUCCGAUGGAGGUCUCCGGUAACCCUUCGGACUUCAAGCAGACCUCUGAAGUCAUCAAUUCAGCCCAGCAAGCUUUAGACAUGAGUACUGAGAUUUCCACCAACAACUGCAAAUUUUCCAGUCCGUUGGCACACCCAACAAGAGAGCCAGAUCAAUCUCAGAAUUCAGUCUUUUCCAACAAAGAACCUUUCAACACCAUCCAGGAACAGAAUCUUGCAUCCAGUGGCUCUUUCCAUGUGCCUAAUAAAUCUCUUCUCCAGCAAGGAGUUCAGCCAUUCCUCCUGGAACACAGAGACCGUCUUGGACAGGAGAUGCCAGGCAGCAGUGGCAGUUCAGUAGUGGCUCUUUCCCAAUUAGAUGACAAUCCGCAGCAACAGCUCUCUCUUCUACCUCCAGAUGAGGUGGCCCAACUGGAGCAGGCCGUGCGGCAGCUGCAAGCGAAAGGAUACUGCGGCAUACAACUCCAGAGUGAGAAUUCACUGUCAAAGCAAAGACAACAUCAGCUUCAACAGCAGCAACAGCAAAUCCAACAACAGCAGCAUCAAAUCCACCAACAACAGCAGCAAAUUCAGCAACAGCAGCAGCACAUCCAGCAUCAAGAGCAGCAAAUCCAGCUGCAGCAGCAGCACCACCACCAGCAGCAAGCUCUGGAGAACCUUCAACAUCAGCUUUUUCAGCCCCAGGUUCAAAUUCACUGUAGUUCAGAGCAGCAGAGCUCUUCCCAGGGUAUGGUGCAGAAUGGAAGUUCCCUUUUCCAGUCCACCCCAUCCCAACAACAACAGCAGCAGCAAGCAACUUUGUUCCAACAAGGAGCUGGCUUUCUUCAGCAGCAACCCAGUCAUUCCUCUCCUUCCAUGUUCCACAACACUACAGCAAUGACCGAAGCUCAAAGCCCUCAGGAGUCUCUUUUCCACACACAAAAGACCUCUCCCAACCAGGAUCAGGUCCAAGCUUCCAUUUUCCAAAGCAAUCUUUCGGUUCUCAGUGGGUCCAACAUGUCUUCAGAAGCUCAGCCCUCUGCAGCUAGUAUGUUUCUUCCCCAGAACACAGUACCAGCUCAACUUUCCGUUAACGCCAACCAGCCACAGCAACUGGCGUUCCUCACUUCCAUGCAGACAUCUCUUGAGGCGCCAUCUGUAUUUCAGACUCCAACCCAACUGUCCCCCAUUCAGCAAGGCACUCCGAUGGAUCAGCAGCAGUCCCCACAGCAUGCCCAACCGGGUUCCAUGUUCCAGAGCAUCUCCCAAUCACCAAGCAAACUCACCCCUGGUCAACAGCAGCAGGCUGGUCUACUCCUCGGAUCCUUAAACUCUCCAAUCACACAAGAGCAAUCCUCCAAUCUGUUAUUCGGUGGCCAAGUACAGAUAGGAUCAAUGAACAAUAGCAGCCUAGCUUCGUCAGAGCAACAGAACACUCCCCUUCCCUUCGCUCAGGCUGGUCUGGUCACCGUGAGGCAGCAGGAGGCAUCUGAACCAAUGACAUUUCAGGAUCAGACAGCAAUGGUGGUCAACCUGUCAUCAAAUAAGCCCAUCUUCCAAGACCAGCAGCCAAUGCAGUUGGCACCAAGUUCUAAUCCAGGCUCUUCACAGUCUGUAAAUCUUUUCAUGGCACAGUCCAACAUGCAAGGGGGGAUGACUACACAAGAAGCUCUUUUUGCACCACAAGGAGAUGUAGGUGGCAUUCAGACAAGCACUUCCUCUCCAGUGCAACAGCCUGGUCAACUCUUUCAGACCACAAUGAGUGGGAGUCUCAACCAGCCCAACCAGGAUCAGCAGACAGACCUAUUCCUCUUCGAGAUCCAGAAUGAGUGCCGUCAACUCAUGAACAGCCAAGGAUCUACACUGUCUAAUCAAAUAAUUACCAUCAAUCAGCCUGGACAGAGUCAGCAAGAGAGUGAUGGGCAAAUCCAGUCUUUACUUGGGCAGGCUAUGCCAGACCCUGGAGCUGUGCAGAGUACCUUGACAACCUCUCAGAACAUGGAGAAAAUUGAUGACCUUCUGGUGAGCCUUCAGGAGCAAGGCAAUAACAUCUCCCAUUCCUACUAGGGCCUUCAAGGAGUAGCUGCCUGAUAUUUCUAUUUCAUAAUUGACUAUAGCAGGGAUGUCAGAAGUACCGACUUUGAUACCAAUCUGUACUGAAAUUUAAAAUAUGUGGUGAUAUCAAAGUACUUCCCUUUGCAUUUUGAGUGCUGCUAAGUGGAUCCAUGAACACCAGUGAUUGUUUAAUGUUUAUGCACUCGAGAGAUUUGAUUGACUACAAUGAUCAUCGCUUGAUGCUCUUCACCAUGCGUUUAAGCCAUGUUCACUCUUCCAGCGACAUGAUCUCAUUUAUUUAAAUUAAGAGCUAGCGAUUUCCACCAAUCUUAGGCUGUAUAAGUGUCAGCAACCAUUGGUAACCAGAUGUGGGUGUGUCCAGCAACACAGCAAAGUUGAGAAUACUUCAAGUUAAUGCAAAUAAACACAACACACACCAACAGAUCUUCAACCAGAGUUGAGCACAGGAAAUCUUCUAACCUCUUUCGAGACAUUACAAGCUGAUCCUCCAUCUCAUGUGUCCAAAUGAAUCUCACUUUGAGCUGUGCCAUUACUGUUCUCUGAUGUUCUUCCCAGCAGAUUAAGUCACUCUUAACACACCUCGCAUCACAGGUGUCUUUAGAACUAACGAGUUAGUUGGGAUAUUCCAAGGACUGUGAAGAGGAGGAAUCGACUCAAAAUCAGUCAAGAUUGCCCAGAAUAAGCAACUGCCUCAUUCACACUAGCAGCGACUUUGUAGCUGCCUAUCGCUCUGGGUGGGGACUUGCUGCAAACGCAGGUCUGUUUAGGUAUCUACAGCAUGAAUACAACUGGCUUCUGAGCAAGCUGAGAGAGGAUAACGUGAGGAUCUAAUGGUACUAUUUUUGGCUGUCACUCAAGAGAGUCGCCAGAGGAAGGAUUCUCAACAUUGUCGCAUUGCUUGACAUGCCCACCUGGUCGUCAACAGUCAUUGUCGCUCGCAUAGAAGGAGGUCGCCGGACAUUGAAGGACGAGGUCGCUCUCAGUUAAAAUGAAUGGUCACUUGUCGCUGUGAGAUGCUCGUAGUGUGAAUGAGCCUUGAGGAACAUUGAUUGGCAACUUAAAUUGCCUAAAUGUGUGAACCCGGCUUUACAUGGCUUUCAAACGCUGAAGUGUCUGUGUUUCUCUGUAAGCACUCAGGGAAAACCAUCAAGCGAUGAUGAUUGUAGCCUAUCACAGUCAUAUCUGUGAACACAAUGACCAAUCAGCUGCCUUUAACAGUGCUGAAAUGGUAGCGGAAAAUUAUUUUAUUUAGAUUUCAGUAUGAACUUGUACUGAAGUUGGUACUUUAGAAAUCCCUUGAUUAUAAAUAUUUCUCUCAGACAUAUUAGAUAUUUGGGUAUGCUCUAUUUUUGAUAUUUUGGAUAUAGGAGACAUUUAGCUUAUGGAGCAAUACUGAGCUGUCACAUUUACAAAGAGAUCGCAUAUUUGCCUGUUGACAAAUUUGGCAAAAUCUCUUGAAGAAUCACAACUAAAUCCAUUUAAUACAAAUGUCGAGUCGCUGUUUGUUGGCACGAUUGCAGAACCCAAAGGAAAACCUCAAGAAGUGGUUCUGCACCCCCAUCUGAAUAAAGCAGGCACUUAAUAUAUUGAAGUACCUUCAAUUCCUUUAAAGCACCUGGAAGUCUGAGGCAUGCAGUCAGAGGAACUAAAAUGUUGCCUUGAGUAUAUCUAAAGUGACAAAGAGAGCAUUCUGAGGAGAUCAGGACACAUGGGAUGACCGCAGUUGUGCCUCAACAUGAUCUGCAGACACCACACUUUCUCACCGAGCCUUGGGUAACUUUGUGAGGUCUAUCUUUAGCAACAUAUAAUCAAGAAUGCCUGAUAGAAGUAGUCUGAAGAGUGAGAAUUGUAUUUUUAACACAUUUUCUAUUGAAACCUGUUUGUCUCAGUACACUUGGGCAUCUAUAAGCUAUUAAAAAACUUGUUUUUAGUUAAAAGGGGAAAGAGAAAAUCAAAAUGUGUUUUGCAUUUUCCUCCUAGCACUUUAUAUAUGUGUAUUUUCAGUGUGGUUAGUUGCUUCUGUCUCAUUGAUUUCAUCAAGCUUAUCUCAAUAUUUACUGUUUAAAUUAUUUUCUCUUUCAUCUCUUUAGAUUCUCAGUGUAUUUUAGACUAAUUUGUAUAAGAUUACAGAUUAGAAAUGCACAUUCCUGGUAAAACAUCAGAUAAGCAUCAACAAUUUGAAAAAGAAAUAGCUUCAUGUAUUUAUUUUUGAUUUUUGGUUUACAUAUGUCAGUUCUUGCCAUCUCAUUUAGCUUGGUGUCUGUUUUGCAUGUAUGAGUGUCCUAUAUAUGUGUGUAUGACAUUAUCUCAUCAUAAUAAUACCUCUAGACGUGCGUCAUUCUAAUACUGAUUCUAAAAUAUUAAUAAUUGAUGCUCAGAAUCAUUGUAGUGGGGUUAUUUUAUGUUAUUAUAUUUCCCGGUGUCUGGCACGCUGGAACAGGGCAGAUUGCUUUUAUUGGCAAAUCAGAAGGGAGUGUCCAACCAGUAUUAUUGACAGGUUGUGUGAAUAUUCUGACUCGCAGUACACCCUAAUGCUGUAUAUGCUGGGGAAGCAGCCUUUUAUCUUUUGUAGCUUUUAUCACUUGUUGAGCUGUGGCGAAAAAUCGCUUGAGGAUUCAAUUCUGCAUUGAUUUUGAGAUUUGCAAAGUGAAUUCCUACUCUCUUGAAUGAAUUCUGAGCUUAGUAUUUAACGGGUCAUACAACCUGUGAUCAAAUCUUCUUAGAUUUUAACAGAUUUAUAGUGUUGAACAUCAGUUAAGACAGGCGUUCAUGAUGGGUCGUGGUGCUGGUAGUGUUGUUAAAAGUAUCAGCUUCCACAAGUCUGUAUUGAAAUUUGAAAAAUACCUUCAAAGUAGGCAUGUGUCUAAAUUUGAUAAAAAUCGCUCUUUAAAUAAAUAAAAAAAUGUUGCAUUUCCUUAUACUUUAUCUCAAAUUUUUAGUCUUUUAGUAUUUUAGUUGCUUUUUUUUAUUAUUUUUUAAAUGAACUGAACUGAACUUGAACUGAAAGAGAACCUGACCAUUUAACAGCAGAUAGCACUGUAAAAACAG